AUGUAUCCAUUACUAGAGUCCAUGCAUUGGUUGACUACCAAGGAUAUCUUGAACUACUUCAGUAAGUUCGGCCAAAUCGCGAACGUCAACAUCAAGUACGACAGUAUGACCGGAAAGCCCCGCGGCUUUGGGUUCAUCACAUUUAACAACACCUCGUCGAUCGAUCAGGUCCUGGCUGGCGGUCCGCAUAUGAUUAAGAACAGAGCGGUCGACCCCAAGAGACCCCGAACCAAACCGGCGUUCAAAAAGAUAUUU